GGCGGCCUUAAGGCGGCCGCGGCCCCGAGUGUCCCAGUCGGCCUGUCAGCCGGCUAGGAGGCAGUGUCUGACAGUGGCGCGGCAGCCAUGGCGGCAGAGGAGGAGGAGGUGGACUCGGCCGACCCGAGCGAGAGGUCAGGAUGGCUAACUGGUUGGCUUCCCACAUGGUGCCCUACAUCAACCUCACACCUUAAAGAAGCUGAAGAGAAAAUUUUAAAAUGUGUCCCCUGCACAUACAAAAAAGGACCUGUUCGUAUAUCUAAUGGAAAUAAAAUAUGGACGCUGAGGCUCUCUCAUAAUAUUUCAAAUAAGACUCCACUUGUCCUCCUCCAUGGUUUUGGAGGAGGUCUUGGACUCUGGGCACUGAAUUUUGGCGAUCUUUGCACCAAUAGACCUGUCUAUGCUUUUGACCUGCUGGGCUUUGGACGAAGUAGUCGACCCAGAUUUGACAGCGAUGCGGAAGAAGUGGAGAAUCAGUUUGUGGAAUCCAUUGAAGAGUGGCGAUGCGCCCUUGGACUGGACAAAAUGAUCUUGCUUGGACACAACCUAGGUGGGUUCCUGGCUGCUGCUUACUCACUGAAGUACCCAUCCAGGGUUAGUCAUCUCAUUUUAGUGGAGCCUUGGGGUUUUCCUGAACGACCAGACCUUGCUGAUCAAGAGAGACCAAUUCCAGUUUGGAUCAGAGCCUUGGGAGCAGCGUUGACUCCCUUUAACCCUUUAGCUGGCCUCAGGAUUGCAGGGCCCUUUGGUUUAAGUCUAGUACAGCGUUUGAGGCCUGAUUUCAAACGGAAGUAUUCUUCAAUGUUUGAAGAUGAUACAGUGACAGAAUACAUCUACCACUGUAAUGUCCAGACUCCGAGUGGUGAGACUGCAUUCAAAAACAUGACUAUCCCUUAUGGAUGGGCAAAAAGGCCAAUGCUCCAGCGAAUUGGCAAAAUGCACCCUGACAUUCCAGUUUCCGUGAUCUUUGGCGCCCGAUCCUGCAUAGAUGGCAAUUCUGGCACCAGCAUCCAGUCACUACGACCACAGUCAUAUGUGAAGACGAUAGCCAUUCUCGGAGCAGGCCAUUAUGUGUAUGCAGAUCAGCCGGAAGACUUCAACCAGAAAGUGAAGGAGAUCUGUGACAGCGUGGACUGAGCACUCUGCAGAUGAUGUGGGAAAGCCACACGGCCGACACGCUCCUCAGCAGUAAUUCACCGUCGGUGAUGCAGAGUAAGGAAUCCGACACGAGAACCAGGCAGUCUUCCUGACUGUACUUUGCACAUGUUUUCUUUAUGAAGCUGCUCACACAUUUAAACCAGUUAGUGCCUUCUAGAGGAAUGACUUUCCUUUCUCCUACACAAAAUCAAAAUAUACAAGAGUCUCCAAAUCCAAUAACUGUAAUAAAAGGUUAUUUGUCCCUCUGCCAUGCUGAAAAACUGUAAUUUUUCAACUGAAAUUUUUAUUUCUAUCUAACUUUGCUAGGUCCGGUAUUUUUUAUAUUGCCAUCUAUAUUGCCAAUUUUAACAAGUGAUUUUCUGAGUUUAUUUUAUAUACUGCAAAGGUGCACUUUAUUUUCCUUGCUUAUAUAUACCAUGUCCAAUAACUGAUAGAGUUACUCAAAAUUCAGUGUUUCUACGUAAAAAUUUGUUAUUUUCUUAGAAUACAUCACUUCGUUUUUGAAAUGGAGUGUUGAGACAGGGUUUUGGUUAGGAAGAUGGGAACUGAUUUCUAGUAUUGAUUUCUCUGAGUAUUUCAUGUACUGAAAAACCUUAACUAAAAGUCUCUCCUUUUUUCCCCCAUUAAUACUAUUGUUCUUUUCUGUGAGCCAGGAUGCAGCAGAAGGAACAGAUUCCCUCACUGAGGGGACAUUAAGACUAUUACCUUCCAGUAAGCCAAUCAUAUAUUUUCAUCUAACUCUUACAGACGGGUGCUAAAACUGGGUUAUAUUUUUACCACUAAAAUAUAAAAAUUGGUGCCAUUAUGUCUCAUGGCACCAGAAGUCAGCUAAUAUUGGGUGUUGGUUUUUUUUUUUUUUUUGGAAGAGUUUUGUGUUGAUUAAAUAACUUACAUACUUGAAGUUAUAUAACAAAAGUUCUGUAAGGUUGAUUGAACUAUGCAACAGUAACUACCAUCAAGUGUAGCACUUUCUUGCUAUGUUACUACAAGGGAUGCUUCUCUGAAACUGUGAAAAAGCUCCAUGUAGUACCUGGCUACUACUGAGAAGACCCUCUGCAAAAGAAAAUGCCAGAGGGUGGUCACCAGCAAGGCAUCUUUGCCUUCUGUUUUGCUUCACAUUGCUGGUCUAGGAAAAAAGAUGGUUAUGUAAAUAAAAAUGGUGAACUAGAGCAAA